CGAUAAUCAAAACUACGAUGCGAUGAUCAGCCUGUACGACGAUUUAAGCCGAAUCGAGAACUGCUCGAUAGUGAAUGCACAAGCCAUCUGCUUCCUUUAUGCUUUUGCCCUAAACAGACGAAACAGAGAAGGCGAUCGCGAUCGUGCUCUUCAGACAGUGCUGCAGAUAACUUCCAGUUGCAAAGAUGGUACCGCCGUCUCGCCGGAUGUUAUCUGUCUGGCCGGGCGUAUCUACAAGGACAAAUUUAUCACCAGCAACUACGAGGAUCGCGAAUCACUGGACAAAGCAAUUGAAUGGUAUCGACGAGCAUUCGAUCUGUCGCCGCUUGAAUACUCGGGCAUCAAUUUGAUCACGCUACUCCGCGCUCGUGGGGAAACGUUUGAAAAUAAUAGUGAGAUGCAACAGAUUGCAGUCGUACUGAAUAGUUUGCUGGGAAGAAAAGGUGCAUUGGCGAAUUUAACGGAGUACUGGGACGUGGCAACAUAUUUUGAAGUGUCUGUGUUGGCCGAGGAUUACCCAAAGGCAUGUCAAGCAGCCUUGAAAAUGGCAAUCAUGAAACCUCCGAUAUGGUUUCUGAAAUCGACAAUGGAAAAUAUCAAACUUCUGAAUCGUUGCGCAGCGACGAUGUCACCAGUGGAAAAGGAGAAGCAACAGUUCUUGUUUUGGUCCGAGUUUUUCAUGGAAGCUAUUGAUUCCGAGCAAGAAAUAGUAUGCGGACGUUUCCCGGUCCUGAUCCAGGAAGUUACAAAACAAUAUACGCCAAGUUUUCUGACACUGAAUGUGAGCGAGGGUUCGAUAAUCCUGAGCCAUGUACUGGAGAGCAGCCAGCACAAGAAACCUCCUCCAGGCAUCCAUCGCUGGCACUUUACGGCAGCAAACAUCAAGGCAGUUUCUGCAUCGAAGCGUGAU